GGCAACUUGAAGAAAUCCUUCUCUUUCAACAUCGCCAUGGCACCUCAACAGAAGUCCGGUAUUGCCGUCGGCCUCAACAAGGGCCACAUCACCACUCGUCGCGAGCUCGCCCAGAAGCCCUCGCAAAAGAAGGGUGCUCUCGGCAAGCGCACUGCUUUCGUCCGCAGCAUUGUCCGUGAAGUCGCUGGCUUCGCUCCUUAUGAACGUCGUGUCAUGGAAUUGAUCAAGAACUCCAAGGACAAGCGUGCUAAGAAGCUCACCAAGAGAAGACUUGGAACCUACGGUCGCGCCAAGAGAAAGAUCGAGGAGCUUACCGGUGUCAUUGCCGAAUCGCGUCGCCACUAAGCACUCUGGUUUCUUUUGUAAUGUAGCCAAUUGUUGUUUGUGUGGUUUCUUUUUCGCAUUAAAAAAAAGAUACACUCGUGUUUUCUCUUUCCAAAACAUCCACAAGAACGUAUACGACCGGGUCUUUUUUUGUUUUGUUUUUGCCCUCCUGGAGAAAAGCGGCUUUCUUGUAAAAAGGGAAGGUGAUUGAUUGUUGAUAUAUAAGUAUUUAUAUAAGUUAUAUGUGUAUAUUUAUAUUUAUGUACCCAAGCAAGCAAAGAUAUACAGAGAGAAAACAAAAUAGGGGAGGG